GUGGCCCGAGGGCUCGGGGGAGGUUUCCAUCAAGUUACAACCUUCAUCCCUUCUCCUCCAGAAACUAAACCUAAUUGAAUUAACCCGCCCGGGGACCGGCUCACUGGGAAACAUGGCUGCCUUUUCUGCCUGGUUCUGGAACGAGAGGUUCUGGCUCCCGCACAACGUCACCUGGGCGGAUCUGGCGGACCCGGCUCCCGGGGUGGAGUACCCCAAAGCUGGACAUCUGCUCGCCGCCUUCCCGCUGGCUUUGGCCAUUUUCUUCGUGAGGAUACUGUUCGAGAGGUUUAUUGCCAGUCCCUGCGCCCGCUGUCUCCACAUCCAGCCCAGCGUGGGACGCAGAGCUCCGCCCCACGCCGUGCUGGAGAAGGUGUUCACCUCCAUCACCAAGGAUCCGGACUCUCGGCGUCUGGUCGGCUUGUCCAAGCAGCUGGACUGGGAGGUGAGGAAGGUCCAGCGUUGGUUCCGACAGCGCAGGAACCAGGACAAACCCAGCAUGCACACCAAGUUCUGCGAGAGCAUGUGGAGGUUUACGUUUUAUUUGGGCAUAUUUACCUAUGGCUUCCGGUUUCUGUGGCAGUGUCCUUGGAUGUGGGACACACGACUUUGCUGGUAUGGUUAUCCUCAUCAGGUCAUGACCCCGGGUCUUUACUGCUACUACGUGACAGAACUGGCGUUCUACUGGUCCCUCAUGUUCUCCCAAUUCACCGACAUCAAGAGGAAGGACUUCCUGAUAAUGUUCAUCCAUCACCUGGCGACAGUCAGCCUGAUCAGCUUUUCUUACGUCAACAACAUGGCGCGAGUAGGGAGCCUCGUGAUGUGCGUCCACGACGCCUCGGACUUCCUGCUGGAGGCAGGAAAACUGGCCAAUUACGCCAAGUACCAGCGCCUGUGUGACCUCCUCUUCAUCGUGUUUAGUGCCGCAUUCUUCAUCACCAGGCUAGUUAUAUAUCCAGUGUGGGUCCUGAACUCCACCAUCUUUGAGAGCUGGGCCAUAGUCGGCCCGUACCCGUCCUGGUGGCUCUUCAACUCCUUGCUGCUGGUCCUCCAGCUGCUGCACAUCUUCUGGUUCUACCUCAUAGCCCGUAUAGCGGCCAAAGCUAUGCUGCGGGGCAAGGUGAGCAAGGACGUUCGCAGCGACGUGGAGAGCAGCUCGGGGGACGAGUGCGACGCGCAGCGCCCCCCCGCCGCCUCCUCGCCGUCGCCCACGGGACAGAACGGCACCAGCUGCCACGCCGCCAAAGACGCCGGGGCGCAGGACCUCAACGGGUGGUGAAAGGAGGCAGGGAGCCCCCUGCAGGCGGUCCUUCACAACCGCUUUUGACAUUCCCCUGACCUCUGAAGCACACACACACACACACACACACACACACACACUACUGACUGAGUGCACACGGAAGCACAAACUGACACCGGACUCUGCUGACAUCUGCUGAGACGAGCUCCGUACUGACUUGUCCUGCACAACUCAGGACGAGAGGCGUGGAAGCUGCGAUGAUAUGAAGCAGAUGAUUCUGUUCUUAUUUCUUAAAUGAUAGGAUUUAUUUUGUGUCUCAAUGUUCUCUCCCAGUUUUAUUGGUCAGAUGAACUUGGAUUAUUUCCAUGUUACUGGUUUCUUCGCACUGGAGCACAAAGGGCAGAAAACUCUACCCUCUGGAAGUUUGUUGCAACACGGCAGGUAUUAAACAUUUAAAUAACUGUGAUUUUAUCAGCUCUUAAAAGGUCACCUGCUGGGUGUAUUUGUCCAGGAGUAAAAAAAAAUGAAAAUGAAAAGCAGCAAAUGUUUCUGCCUUCUGGGAUUUUUACUUUUUAACAAUGUUUAGAAACUUUAACGUUUAGUUUUACAGUUUUGUUUUUUUACUUCUUCUAAGACCAAAUGCCUAUGAAAUUGUCAGGAUUGAGGGCUACGCUACGUGUCUGCUAUUGCCUUCUCAUUUGCCUUGUAAAAAUAUAUUUUCCCAAAUAUAUUGUGUUGGUGAAA